UGAAAUAUGGAUUCAAAUAAUGAGACUGUUUAUGAUUUAUUAGGACAGAAUGAGAAAGAAUUUCUGGAUCAUAAAGUUCAACAUGCAAUAUCUCGAAUAUAUAAAGCAUAUAUCAUGGAGAAUAGCAUGCCUGAAAUCAUUCAAAUCCUGCUGGAUGAGGAUGUCAAUAUGCAUUAUUCAAUUGUGGCGGAUUGCACUGCAAUUCUAAAAGUUGACAUGACACUAGCAGACAUUCUUUUCUUCUACUCCGAUAAAGCGAUAAGAGUUCUUGACGCAGCGCUUGCUAAUAUAUGCUGUGAGAUUUAUCAAUCCCAUGCAUUAAAGCUUCAAAUGAGCUUGAAACCUAAUUUACAUGCUAGAAUAAAAAAUAUUCCAGUCUGUCCAGAACUGUGGAGAGAGCAUGUUCCGAAAUCCAAAGACAUUGGCAAAUUUCUGGCAGUAGAAGGCACUGUAAUAAGAACAAGUUCAGUUAAAUUACUCGAGUAUGAAAAAGAAUUGAUUUGUGCAAAAUGCCAAAAUACAUUCAUUUUAAAGGCAGAGUUUGAGCAACAUUACAGUAUACCAACUCCAUCAAGAUGUCCAGUAACCCAUAUGUGCACUUCUAAGAAAUUUAUCGUGUCUCCUGGCGAGAGUGCUACUAGUGGAAGAAAAUGCAAAGAUUUUCAGGAAAUAAAAAUCCAAGAACAAAUGAGGCGACUUGCAAUGGGGACAAUUCCAAGAACAAUAACUGUUGUAUUAGAAGAUGAUUUAGUUGAUGGAUGUAAGGCUGGUGAUGAUGUUAUCAUUUACGGUGCGUUAAAAUGUAGAUGGCAGCAAUUACAAAAGGGUAAAACGUGUAACAUUGAACUUGUUUUAAAAGCGAAUUAUAUUGAAGUACGAAACGAGCAGCGUUUAGGUGCUUCUGUCAAAGAAGAAAUGCAAAAUGAUUUCGAAUGUUUCUGGGCUGUUCAUGCUGAAAAUCCAAUGACUGCACGCAAUCACAUUCUGGCAAGUCUUUGUCCGCAGAUCUAUGGAUUGUAUGUUGUCAAAUUGGCAGUCGCAUUGGUUUUGGCUGGUGGUGUACCUAGAACAGAUUCAUCUGGUUCACGAGUUCGAGGAGAAGCUCAUCUGCUUCUUGUUGGUGACCCUGGUACUGGGAAAUCUCAGUUUCUCAAGUAUGCUUCAAAAAUUACCCCAAGGUCUGUUCUAACCACUGGAAUAGGUUCCACAAGUGCUGGUUUAACUGUAACUGCCAUUCGGGAUGGCCCACAUUGGACAUUGGAAGCUGGUGCUCUUGUACUAGCGGAUGGUGGCAUUUGUUGCAUUGAUGAAUUCUCAAGCAUAAAAGAAAAUGACAGAGGUGCAAUUCAUGAGGCAAUGGAACAACAAACUGUAAGUGUUGCUAAAGCUGGUCUUGUUUGUAAACUCAAUACAAGAACAAGUGUUCUUGCGGCAACGAAUCCAAAAUUAGGUAAAUAUGAUGAAUCUUCAAGCAUUGAUCUGAACGUUGCAAUUGCUAGCCCUCUGUUGAGUAGAUUUGAUAUAGUUUUGGUGCUGCUUGAUGGCAAAAAUGAACGAUGGGAUUCUGUUGUUGCAGAUUAUGUUUUAACUGGCAAAGAUGUGACAAAUAACAAUCAAGGUAGACAGAGAUUAUGGAGUAUGGAACAAAUGCAAGCAUAUUUUUGUGUUGUGAAACAAAUUAAUCCUGUAUUAUCACCAUCAGCAAACAGAAUAUUAUCAGAAUACUAUCGUUGUCAUCGACGUUCUGAUACCAGAAAUGCAGCACGCACUACAAUUCGAUUACUUGAAAGCCUAAUCAGAAUAGCAGAAGCACAUGCCAGACUGAUGUAUAGACAAACAGUUGAGGUCCUCGAUGCUGUGGCAGCAAUCACAAUCCUGGAGUCAUCAAUGCAAGGCGCUUCACUGCUUCCAACAGGUAGUGUGUUGCACUCUUGUUUCCCCACAAACCCGGAGAACGAAUAUAAAAAGCAUGCACAGCUUGUAUUGAACAGAUUGGGCUUAAAUGACAUCCUUGAAGAAGAAAUGAGUGAUGUUAAAGCCACUAAUUCGAGACAAAGCCACAAUAAUACACUGCUUCCUCCUGCGUCCCCAUUUGAGCCCAAGGUGUUCACAGACUUUCCUCAAAAAACAUCUACCUCAAGCAGUAAAGUAUCCACUCCAAGGAUAUAUACAAGUUCAAAAAGGAGCAAUAAAGACUUUACAUUUGAAGAUUUUGAACAGAGUGUUUGUUUUGAGAACAUAUUUCAAGAUGGGGCAAAUAGCAGUCAGGAUAAACUUCUGAAUUUUAAAACAUCAACACAAAACACUCGGUUUUCUGGCAAUAUGUCUCAUUUUGCAGAAUCUUUCAACUGUGAAAGUUCUGUAUUGGUACCUCAAGCAAGUUCAACGAUACAAAGGCAACAUCAGUUGCCAAUGAGUUCUAUCACCAAUAGUCCUCAAAAAAGAAUCAUUGAAAAUCAUGAAGAAAUUACACAUGGCUGUUUACAACAAGACGAACCUCACAAGGACAUUUGCAAUGAGAACCGUAACCCAAAGUCUCCUGCUGCAAGCCCGACUUAUUCUCCCGUUAGUUGCAGUGACCUUGGUGAAGAGUUUCAAAGAAAUGCCAUCCGGGAUAGAUUAAAUUGCUUUAGGCGACAAUCUCCACCUUCUCCAGAAAUUGAUUUCCCUUUGAGUGGUAUGAUUAGACGAGGCAAACGUAAACACUGUCCAAAAUCAGGGAAUAAUAGUGAAAAACCUAACAUCAUUGAAAAAUCGGUGGAAUCAAAAAAAUGCCAAGUUCGUGAAAUGCCAAGUUCUUCAUCAAAUAUUAAUUUCAACUUUGAGGAAAUCACGGAUGACAUGUUUUUGAAUGAAAUUAAUGGUGUAUCCUCUAAAUCAACAUCGCAUAUUAUAGACAAGAGCAAUGACACAUUACCGGUAUUAGGCGGAAACAAGUCAUCCAUAUUUUCUUUAAGUGCAUCAGCUGUUGAAGAUAUUUGUGAUGAGCUUGCCUUCAACGAGAAACCGUCACAUACAGAAUUUCUGCAAGGUUUGAGAGAAUCACAACAUGUCAUUAAGCAAAGUCAGGCAAUCAACGUAGUUUCAACAGCCAGCAACCCAACUGUUAAAAGUGUAAACGCAGUCAAAACAGGGAAUUGUGAAAAUGGAACCAAGUCUAAUGAUCUACCAAACGAAACUUCAGCUGCUUCUUUGUUUAGGAUUGAAGAUGAUUUUGAAGACUGGGGAAUUGAUAAGGAAAACGAUUUUUCAGAUUUUAAUGUUGACUGGACUGCAAGUCAAGACAUGUUUUCAAAAAAGCGCAAAACCUUUGAACUCUAAUUUAUGUAUAUGAACAUGGUAGUGUUCCGUGGUGGAAUUCAGUCAGUUUGCACCGGUUCUAUAGAACCGACUCACGGAAUUUUAUGAGAUCAGCGAACCUGUUAGCAUUACUGGUUUCUCUCAAUGACUUUUGUAAUGGAACCGGCUGACAAAAAUAUUGAAUCCCACCACUGGUAGUGUAGUGUUCAUUCAAUUUGAUACUGCUAUUCUUUAUUUUUGAGAGCUAUUUCCUGGUCACAUAGACUUUGUUUCUUUUUUUCUCAUGACCUCCAGACUUGUUCUGAGUGUUUUCUUUACAAAGCCAGAUAUUUUUUCGGGUAUUUUGUUAAAAUCUUUAAUAAAAUUUAUAUGAUA